CCAUUUCUGCACAUUCAUUUUACCUGUGCAAAGAGGACACUCAGGUGAACACAUGGCAUCCAAUACAGGGCAAUCGGGCUACCUACCCACCGGAGCGGCCUUAUUCUGCACCAUACCCGACAUCUUCUACUUAGUGGAGCUUGUCUUUGGCGGUCUGGUGUUGUGUCUAGUCGCAUCUACAAAGCUCAUGUCACCCUUCGACUUCCGGCCAGAAGUCGACUUUACCCUGACAACCCCCAGCAACCCCCAGGCCUAUGUGAUUUCUGUGACAAUUUUCUGUUUCCUCAUGACAUUCACCUGGUUGAUAGUCUUUGCCACUGGAUGUCAUCGUAAUAAAAGCUCUUGGGCAAGCGCGGAUGUUGCAUGCCAUGGAUUUGCAUCACUCCUCUAUCUCAGUGCUUCUGUGCUUCUAGCUUUUGUAACCAUUGGAUAUGGUAUUGUAAACAAGGAGCUACUUAAUUACAAGCUGGAUGUAGCUGCCGUGGUGUUUGCCUUCCUCACCACUACAGUGUACGUCAUCCACACCAUUUUCUCAGCCCUCAGAUGGAAAUCCUUUUAAAGCAUCUGCUGGACACAACCUGAUUAGAUUGAUUAGGUAUUACAAAUGUCAUAUAAUGCAUCAGUAAUAAUUCAUGUGAUACUAGAUUUACUGUCCAGGCUUCUUGUGUUCUAUAAAAUGCAUACAGACUAUUUUUAAAACCACUUUUUACUUUUUUUGUAAACUAGUCUCACCUUAGGUAUAAAUUAUUGUCAUUCCUGUAUGACUUAUAAUAAAGGAGAUUAUGAAAUAUC